AUGCACCGUUUCGCUCCCGAGCUCGAGCUCGACGAAAACAGUGGUCGCGUGAACGCGUGGCCGACGGCUGUUGGAUUUUUCUUUUCCCUGCGUGAAUCCGAGUCUGAAGUUCAUGAAAUACUACCACGGGCACUGUAUUUACUCCCGAGAAGUGAUGAAAACAAAGACUGCUGGUACUGGCGUGUGAAACCCCCCGGAGGCCCGGGAGUAGGUCGCGCAAACCAAGUCCCACCUCAAUUCACGUCCCCCCCGCUAAGUAUGGAGUCAUUCGAAACCGGUGCCAUAGGUUACCGGAGACGACAGUGUGCAGCGAGCUGUAUCUUUCUUUCGACGAAGAAACAAAAACGCACAUAAAGAUGUUUGCUCCCCCAUGAGACACCGCCAGGCAAUAUAUGCUGCUAACCCACGCAUAAGCUAGAUUCAACUGGUGGA